CCUCAUUCGAACAAGAACUAAUUGGGCGCUUGGUAUGACUCGAUUUUGUUUGUGUCUAUUAUCAAUCCAACUGACUAAUCUGCCAUACCACCCACCAUCUCGAAUCUUUCCAAUCAACCGAUAUCAUGCCCUUUCUGCCCUACCAGAAUCCUGAUCUCGGUUAAGCGUCUCAUGGCUCUCAGCCCAUCCCCAAAGCUCUGGAAAGGAUUUCCUUCGUCCCAUACCUUUUACCAGCACCCAAUCAGACUAGGUCGCGUUAGGGUGCAACUAAUGUAGAGUACCUAAUACAGCCUGCUCGCCUGUUGAUUAAGUAACUAUAUUUAGAUCCUGGCCACGCUAGUAAUCCUCCGUUUAGCUAUAGGGCUGGGGUUAUUUUGGCCCCCAAGCAGGGUGAACAGGCGAUGUAGGAGGUUUCUUGAGAAACCUGACGCGCUAAUCUAACAUAAAGAGCAAGGAACACACCGAAAAGAUGGCAAGUGGUUUAAUAAGCGAGACCCCGAAACGGGUAGGAUUCUGCCAACAAUAUAUGGGACAGCCAGCCGCAUCAGAAACUCCUGCGGAGUGUUUCAUGGCAGUCGGCACCUUCUCAACUUAUUCUUCUUCUUUUAACUAAAAUACGGCUUUCGCUGUCUCAUUUCUAUCUAUUCUCUUGUGUGGUGUGUUUCUCAGCGUCCUUAUCAACUUAAAGCGAUUCUCAUUCUCUGAACCUCCACCAUGGAGAAACCUAUGUUUACGGUUCACUCUCAACGGGCUGAGUCGUGGACUAGUAACACGACGUACCAUUCACUAUAUCAACACGACGACGAUAAGAGGACCCUUAUAAAUCAGAACGGCGCCGGAGAUUCAUACGCACCGAUCGAAGAGCCCAAGGCUGCGUUGAGUACACGGUUAAGAUGGCUACACCCACUCGUUCAUAUCUUGCCUGUGAUUGCAACCGCCGGCAUCGUGCAGCUUAGUUUCCGGAAUAUCUAUUGGGCUGACGAUGGCCACUACUACAAAGAUUGGCAAACGAUAUUGCAGUUUCCCGCAAAGAUACACGAGAUCCUUAUAGUGGGCUCGCUUUCUGCUAUGGUAUUACAUAUCUUCCGUCGUAUGCUCAUUGGUUCCGAUGGCAUACCUCUAGGACUUAUGGUGGGAGCCUUUCAGAUGGGAUCGGCCGAAUACUUGUUCAGCAUGAGCUAUUGGAAGCCGUUAAUCUAUAGCUUGAAGAACUUGCGGCGCAAUCAACUAAAGACAUUCUUAGUUGCCUUAGCCCUCGGGUCUUCGAUCAUAUACAGCUUUUUGGUUGGUCCUGCUUCUGCCGCAGCUCUCCUCCCAAACCUCGGUUGGUGGCGUAUGCGCAACCCCUUUGGCCAUCGCCCGUUGAACAGCUACAUCGGUCGGCAGGCUUCCGAGCUUUACCCCAUGGAGUUAAAAGAAGCCAACAUCUACGAAAAUUGUUUGACAGUAGACUACUGGAGCUCGCUAUCCUGCCCUGCGGGCGGAUUUAAUACCCUCUUUGACUGGGCCUGGACGCGACAACAGGAGGGAUAUUGGUACAACGUGACGGACAGUCAACACUACAAUCCAACUAUGCUCAGCUCCUUCUCUGGCCAAGCACAAAGGGACAUUGUUACUAGCUUGUUAGGCUCAGGAGACUCUAAGACGAAUGCAGCUUUAAGUGCGACGCUGCACUCGAGUUUGCUGGCGCUGACCGAUGCUUUCUGGCAUUAUGUCAAUUCUCACGCGGUGGGCAAGGUAAACAAGGCUCAACAGCCCAAGUUCCUUCUCGGAGAGGAGAGCGACAUAUCAAUCCCUCUCGUACAGGUUCAGUGUCAAUCCUAUAACCUGGGAGCAGCAAUUAAUAAUGAGGUGGAUUUGACAUUUGAAACUGGCGCAAUAAUCAAGGAUUUCACAAAAUCUGGAUCAGACGCAUACGCGGGGGUCGAUUGGACGGUUCCAGACGAAUCGUGGAAUUACCCUCGCACUUUUUGGAAUAUGACCAAUGUUACGUGGGUUGACGCUGCCUCGGUCGAAGGCAGUGACGGCCAAAAGUUGCCUUCGUCUCUCGCCGCCGUCGUGACCGUCCCAGCAGUCUGGUCCGUCUCAGGCUCCAAUGGAACGAUGGGAUACCAGCAGGGCAGCGUCGUGGUCCCCUGCGUAAUCGACGCACGAUGGGCCAGGACGGACGUGUCGUUUGACAUCACGGAAUCUGUUGUCAGAACAGGUCUUACGGACUGGCUAGACAAGGCCAAUCUCACAGCGGGCCACGUUAACGCUAAGGAUUCACUGUCCAAGUGGAAUAUCGGCGAGCCUAUCUCCAUAUCGCGUGACUGGGCGCAUGCCAUCAACUAUAUGAAUGACCUGAUCGAUGGCGUCUUGGAACAAAUCUUACAACAAUUUGUGACCCCCUUUUCGACAGACGAGCCAGAUCUCUUGAGCUUCGUUCCCACCUCCAGCAGCGACGAAGAGUGGACUAAGGUUUACGCUAAUGGUAUCUCCAUCGUUCUCAGCACGGUGAUAGCUGACUGGGUUUCGCGCACGGGUCUUGCACAUACGAGUUUCACGACGGUGUUGUCACGCGAGAAGGAUGGCAAUGUGGACACCAUCGACCUGCUCAAUCAGAAGGACGCCAGCGGAUUCAACAACGUGCCAGUCUCUUCCUUCGCGGACCAGACCGAAGUCAUCUACAGAGUGGAGCGAUACGGCUGGGGUUACGGCCUGAACUCCAAAACAAUCUGGUUCUCGAUCAUCACUCUUUUGAUACAUGUCGUGCUCGUGAUCGUAUACUUUGCCUACUCGUUUAUCUUCUGGCUACGCGCCAAGGGCUGGACUAGUCAAGCAUGGGGAUCUGUCGGCGAGUUCCUCGCAUUGGCGGUCUCUUCACCUCCCGCAGAUGAAUUAAGGAACACGGGCGCCGGUAUUGAUAAAUCUCAAACAUGGAUGACGGCGCUGCGGAUUCGCGAAGCGGGUUCGGCCCAAGAUAAACUUGAACUGAUUGUUGGGAUCAGGGGCGGUACUGUCGUGCCCAGUGAUAACAGGUUAAAGAUAGGCAAAAAGUAUUCAUGAGUCAGGCGACAUAGUCAUUAUAGAGAAUGGUUGGUAACGUUAAACGUUAAUCAGUUAAUCAAUUAAUCUAAUUCGGAUCAAAAAUGAAAAAUAAAUCA